UUACUAAUACAGUAAUACACUACAACGACAGUUGUGCACGCUGUACAUAGAUAAAAGACGCUAUAUAACUGCGCAAGUACACGUCUUAAAAUUUGAACUUUUAAGUAUUACUCGAUUAACACGGCAAGUGGCAAUACGUUUUUAUCCAAUUAUACAACGUGUUAGGAUAGUGGAUGCUGAUUGAGAACCUAGCUGUACAUAAUUUCAUUACUGUUCAGUACUUAAGGAGUGAUCGCGGAUACAUAUAAAAUGAAAAAAUUAACUCAGUGGGUUGUUGGCGUAAAUAUACUGUCUAUACUAUGGUUAAGUCUACUUUUUAACCAGUACGAUAGUAAAAUUUCCAAGGAACAUUUCCUUGUCAUACAAUUUCUUCCAAUUAUUUUACUGAUUUUUUUUGGCGUUUUCGCAUUGGCAAUUAUACUGUAUAGAGUGGCAACUUUCAAUAAUUGCAAAUCAGCUGCGGAGGAUUUACAAGCGGAAAUAAAAGAAGCAAGAACAGCCCUUCAACAAAAAGGAUUCAAAUUCGAUUGAUAUUUUAAUAUAUAUUUACUUGCAACAACGGAGUUAACAUUCCACACAGACAAUGUUUAUAGCUAAAUGUAAUUUUACAUACAUUAUAUUAGUCUCUGAAAUAAAAAUUAAUUUUUUGUAAAUA